UGAAAUGAUCAAACUAAAUAUAUCGAUGGCAAUCAGUCUUAUAUUUUUUUGCAAUUUCUUUCGUCUUAACACUACACAGUGCAAUGAUACGAUGGCAAGUGUGUCAGUAUGUCCAGUUUUUUUUUUUAUGGCUUCUUAUUCUGUGUAAACUGUAAAAGCGCAUAUGUGACAACCUUAUAAGAUGUAUGGAUUUUAGUCAAACAUGUUUAAUCAAGAGAAUAUUGCAUACGCUGUAUGUGCCUGAGAACUUUUGUAUUCUGUCGAUCACAUUGAAGACCAAAUGGUAGUGUGUUUAUAAACAACAUUUGUACCAUAUGCUGUUGAACAUGCUGGUAGAAUCGUUAUUAAUGAUUAACCUAAACGUUUUAUCAAUUACAUUAAAAUGUAUUCACAAUAUUAUCUAGCUAACUGUUGAUUUAUUAACCCAUGCUGUGUCUUUUAUAUGAGUUCAUAUCAUUCAGACAAAAUACUACACUGCAAAAGAAACAACAACACAAAGACAUACAAAUUUUAAUAAAACAAGCCAUUAUAUAAGUAUCUGUAGCUUCAAAAUCUUGAAUAUGUGCUUCUGAAAAUAAAUUCAACACAGUGUCAUCCCCAGGAAGGGUUAAAUGUGAAGGAUUUAAACUUUGGUGUUUCUGAGCAUGGGUGUGUCUCUCAUUCAGCUGUAAUAAGGGAAACUACAUGACGUCGGGUUUAAGCGGAGAUCUGUUUGUCUUUCGUGUAUACUUCCGCGACUUUAAGUGAUCUCAACAUUUUCCACAUAGACAAAGCAAAAAAGGCUGACAAUCAUACCACAAUCCAGGUGUAAGCUGUAUUGAUUUUCAAAGAGAUUAAAAAAAUGGCGGAAAACCUGCAGCAACUUAUUGCAUCCAAGAAGGAUGUGGUGGAGAAUGUGAUGGAGGUGUUUGAGCAGGGAGCAGAGGUGUUGGCCAGCAUCGCUGGGGAUUUUUUCCCCAUUUUUUCCAUCGCUGCUCCCAUUGUGAAGCUAGCAAUAGAUAAUGUGGAGAGCAAAGAAGCAGAAUACAUGAAGGAGCAGUUUCAGAGGGUCCGUGAGCGUCUGGAGGUCAUAUCAGAGGAGAUCCAGCGCAUAAACGAUGAGGUGAGAAAAAGUGGCAUGGAUGCAACUUACUUCUCAGUAGAAGAGAAUGUAACUAACCAGUUUCGCAAGUACAUGGACAUCCUCACUGCCAAGCCAAAGUUUCGAGACGCCAAGAAGAAACAAUUCCUGGACCACUUUAACAAGACUGGUGGAGACAAAAACUUACACACGCUUUACGGUGCUGUAACAGGAGAGAGCUUCUCUGGAGAGUCCGUGCUGGAGAUCACUCUCAACUACGAACAAAAGAGCCGGAGGCCGGUGGAGGACUUCUGCGCCAGACUGAAAAAGUUGUUCUGCAUAGGUCUCAUCGCUUUGAUGGGACACACAGCUCUGAAAGGCUGCGAUGAUGAAGAGGAGCUGCUCCAAGAUUGGGCCACAAAGAUGCAGGUGGUCCAGUCAAAAAUGAACGCAGUCAUUGAAGACUGCAUCAACAGCUUUCCCAGUCAGGCUGAGAUCGAUAUCAAGCGCCUAGUGAGGGACCACAAGGACAAAAGCAACCAGCAGCUGGCCAACAUGAUCAUCGAGAAACUGAAAGGGAAGUAUGACUGGGUGAGCUGGUCAGUCCGUGUCUUUAACUCACCCAAGGGCUUGUUCACCAGCAAGAAGGACUUCCAGUGUGCCACAGGCAAGAGCAGGUUUCAGGUGCCUUCAGAUGAGAAUUUGAACGUCGUGAUAUCCUACAGUGCCUCUCCUGAACCCCUUGACAAAGCUCAGAUCCAGCAGUUGGUGCAGGACCAGAAGAAAGUCACAGUUCCAGGGAUUGCAGAGCUUGUCUUUGAAAUGAUCCCUAAGUGUACGGUCCAUGCUGUCAAGACGUCAUGCAAAGAAAUGGCUUACUCAUGGAGCUUUCAGGAUGAGCUUCACUUCUUUGAGGAGUUCAAGAACUUUUACUUGUUUGUUCAUUCUUCUUAAGUCAAUGACCGCAGUUAAGAAGAGCAACCACAGAAUAGACCUGUAGUAGAGUCAAAAAACCUUUAUCUACCGUAAAGAAAAUACUGACUAUUUUGCUAAGCCACUAACCAUGUUGUCUUUUAAUGCAGAGUAUUUUUGAAUGCUGUGUGAAAAUCAGUCUUUGUCAGUUAUAAUCACUGCAUUUGCAGUUUUAAAGUGCCUUGACUUGUAGUGGGUAAUUUUCUAUGUCUUGGGUGGGGGAAAUAUGAGUGUUUAGCUGUAUCAGGCCAUCCUGAAAUAAAUCAUAAGUAUGAAAUGAAGUUCAACACAUUGUUCAAGAUGCAAUAACACUGCCCAAUAAUUUUGUUUUCCGUCUUGUUUUUUUCUAAGCUCUUUGUCCCUAUCUGUAUGUGUGUAGGUGUGUUUUCCGUCACAGAGUUGGGUUCUGACACUAUCAGACCCUUUUCACCAAAACGUGUACAUGUAGGAACACGUCAUAAAGGGAAAAAAAGAAGCUGUUUCGUUAUGAACCUUGUACAGGCGGUUGGACUGUUUCAGUUUUUUCUAUUGCACAAUGAUUAAAAUAUGCCUCCAUAUUUACUUAAUUAAAAUAAAAACCCAGAAUGAUCCAGAUUUGUUUAUCCUGGAUUGCGAUAUAUGAAUAAAAUGUAAUAUUUUGACCUAUCAUGAUUUAAAACAUCGGACACAGGAGUACACAAUCUUUAUCUGUACUCCAAAAGAAAUAUUCGGUUUCUAUUCAGAUGCUUAACACUGAUAAAAGAUGGUCAUGAGAAAGAACCAAUUUCUUUCCAUUUCACUACAGCAUUACACAUGUAUUACAUAUUCAAUCCAUAAUAACACUAUAGUUAUAGUCAAGCAUUAUAUAUAUUUUUUGCCUUAAGUGACCAAUAUAAAUGUUUUAUUUGUUUGUUUUCUUUUAAAGGGGAAGGUAAACAGCAUUUAUGUCUGAUUAAGCUGGAAUUUCAUUUCUAGUUCAGCGCUAAUCUGAUCUAGUUGAGCAGGUUAUACACCUGAAUGCACCUUUGAUUAAUUACCAAAACACUGACAUUUUAUACCAUACAUUCAGACUGGUUCUCUUUUGUUUGUUUUUCUUUCUCUGGCUCUAUUACAGUGUUCCUUAUUUCUUUGGAAAGACUUUUUUUCCCUUCAAUUGUCCAACAUAUCCUUUAAUGGCUGAUUUCAGCAGACUUUAUGAGGUUUGGUAUUUUCAAACCUCUCAUACCUUUUCAUGAUAUAAACAUCUUAUUGCACAA